AUGUGCAGCGCGGCGCGUACGUUUAUGGCAAGCUUCUCGGUCUGUGUUCGGGGACUUUUCCCUGUAGUCUGGUUGGCGUUGCAGUGCAAGCAGCGCACCACCCAUGUCUACGGACCCGGCAUCCUGGACGGGCGCCAUUUCCGAUACAACGAGCGCAAAGGAAAGCUCUGGAACGAAACGCGGAUGAUGCUGAAUUUCGCCGGUUCAGCCGGCGGCGACGUCUGGGGUCUGACAGUUGUAAAUCCAAACUUUCGCUUGUUCGACAAAGUCGUCAGUGGCAGCAGGAUGACGAUGUUUCGCGGGAUGGGCUGGGCAGCCAACAAUGGCGGCGGUCAUUUCGAGUUUAACACAUCAGCACGAGAUUCGUUCAUCCGAAGCACAGAUGACCUGAUCAAGGUCAGAGGUGGAAACAUUGUCACAGAAAACUUGGUGCUCUGGCAAUCCUACAACGGCGGAACUUUCCAGUUUGGCUGGGCGGGACUCCAUCUUGUCAACAUUACGCACCGGACUGCGAGCGUCAUUGAAAACGAGUGGCGAGCACCGGAAGUGUGGGAGACCUACGACACGCGGCCAAACAAUGCAGUGGUGAGCUUGGUAGAUACCAAUCCUGCAGACCCAGCGCAGCUGGCAGGCCCAUUCGUGUGGCAAGACUUACAGAUUGAUGGAGACGUUUCGCAUCCACUAAGCCUUCACCUGGAGAACGGAUUCUUAGGCAACAUGCUGUUCGACGGCCUGACGAUCUCUGGGAAAGUAACCCGAUUUGCCUUUGCAACUGCUGUGGAGGGUAGUGCGACGAUCGCCAAUGUCACCUUCCGCAACUUCACCAUCGAAGGAAAGCUGAUCUCGCACUUAGACGACCCGGCCUUCCGCUUUCAUCAUGCUGGAG